UUCAUCAAUUAAAUAUCAUGUUAUGGAAGUAGUAUUGAUGUGAAAUGGAAAGGUGAGCAUCAUCUGAUACAUAUGAAAGAAAUAUUCUGUAAACCAACUUUUAUUCGCGUGCGAGGAAUUCCGCGAGAUCGCCAAAAUUGGGUCGCUGUGAACUAGGUCAUCAUCAAUAAAUCGCGAAAUAAAGUAGUCGCGAAUAAACGUUGGUUUACAAUAUGUAAUACCGGUCGCGGCAGCCUAGUGGUCAGAGCGUUCGAUUCACAACCAGGAGACUCGGUUCGAUUCUCAGACAUGGCGCCGUGUCACGAGACUUAUGAGACAGGUAAGUACACUGUAAGUGUUCCGGUCAAAUUAAGCGCCCGACAUUUAGAAGUGAGAAUCACGGUUUUUUCAGUUACACUGCAAGACCUUAAAAACGGAGGUCACGACAGGCGUUGACACGUUAAAGAACCCUCACGGUUACGACCGUAAGCGCUAUGUAUUGGUGAAAAUCCGUGGCAAUUCAACAUGAGGCUGGUGACGUCUCUAAAUGAGGGAAUAAUUCUUGAAAUGGGACGUACAAAAACAGACAAAGCCUAAGGUAGGAAUGGGAGCCAAAAAUAGCAUUUAAGAAACUCUCAAUAAAAAUAUGACUGUUUAUCAGGUGCACCGUUGGAAUGAAAUGCCCGGUAGAUAUCUGUAACCAUGGCGACUGUGUACAAAACCACCAGAGAGCAUUCAAGUGUUUCUGUCACCCAGAAUACGGGGGAGCGUUCUGCCGGAACAAAGUGGACAGUAACAUCAAUUCCACAAGGAUGACCAUGUUAAGGUUUCCAGUUGAUCAUGAGGUGCUUCGAGGCAAUCGGGAAAUUUUGGAUUGUAAAUCAAACGACCCCAAUGCCCAGUAUAUAUGGCUGCACGAGGGUCUUCUUCUGCAGUCCGAUAGUGACCUCAUCACCGUAUUACCUGGGGGAGUUCUGGACAUUCAGAAUUUCAAUGAAGCGCUAGAAGGGACAUACAAGUGUAUCGCCAGCACAACGACUGAUUUUGUGGAAGCAGAAUUUCGUCUGACCCUCAAAGAGACAUGUUACCUGGUUGUGGAGGUUGCUCCAGCAGACACGAUGGUGAAAACCGGAAGUACGACAUUACUCUCUUGUUUUGUCCCUGCUGCCAAACAGAUCACAUGGUUUAAAGACGAUGUACAACUUACUGACCCUCAUCAUUCGGUGCUAGCAGGAGGUUUUUACCUCAGAAUUGAUUCGGUACAGCCACACGAUGCAGGGAACUAUUCAUGUUUGGCGGAAGGAGAAAACGGUUGCACGGCGCAGCGAUACGCAAGGUUAUUGGUUGACAUUGAAACCAAUGAAGAAGAGUGUGGUGUUCCUACAGCGAACUUCAUUGUGCCACAGUUGUCCAGCAGAAUCAGCGGAGGGCGGGCGGUCACCACUGAUAAAACAGCCUGGCAUGUCAUCUUAAGGGAGAAUACAAAGGCCAAAACAUUCUGCGGAGGGACUCUCAUCUCCAAUACGUGGAUAGUAACCGCAGCACACUGUUUCGCUCAUUACGCACGUGAAUUCAAGCGCCCUUUGCAAACAACUUACAUAGAUCUCAUAUUAGGAACCAACCAAUGUAAUGGAGACGGGGGGAUAAAGAGGCGGAUCAAACAGUAUAUAACACAUCCAGAAUUUUCCAAGAGGGCGAUAUAUGACAACGACAUCGCUCUCAUUGAAAUGAAUGAACCUGUUAAUUUCACAGAUAACAUACAAGCACUUUGUCUCAAACCUAAAAAUAUCAUUAAUGAUUUAUUUCUGACUCGUCGUGUUGGACGAAGGGUAGGUCGAGUGAUUGGAUGUGGUCAAAUGUAUGAAAACGUUGAAGAAACACCAGAUCAGAUACAUGAUGUAUAUGUUCCAACCAUUAACCGCGAAAUGUGCGAAGACGCGAAUAUUGGGACCGGUAACUUCACGGACUCGAUGUUUUGUGCAGGGUACGAACGCGCGCUAUUUGGUGAUGCCUGUUACGGCGAUAGUGGAGGGUCGUUAAGCAUGCAGUUGUCCGACAGUCACCCUUGGGUCUUUGUGGGCGUCGUUUCGUGGGGCGUGGGGUGUGACCGACCGGGACAUUAUGGAUAUUAUACAAAUGUUGGAAAAUUUUAUGACUGGAUCCAACAGAUGGUUGUUUAAGUCAAUGGCUACCAGUAGAUUUUACUAUUUAACCGUAAUCCUGUGUUUGUUUAAGUCAAUGGCUACCAGUAGAUUUUACUAUUUAACUGUAAUCCUGUGUUUGUUUAAGUCAAUGGCUACCAGUAGAUUUUACUAUUUAACUGUAAUCCUGUGGUUGUUUAAGUCAAUGGCUACCAGUAGAUUUUACUAUUUAACUGUAAUCCUGUGUUUGGGUAUUGUGAAUGUUAUAUAGUAGCUGAUGUGCUGUGACGUAAGCAUUGUCAGGAGGUGAAAUUCAUAUUAUGAAUGAAUAAUGCGCAAUAGCAUUGGAUACAGACUGUAACUAUUAUCAUUCAUGUUCAAUAAAUCAUGCUAUACUGUAGUUAAUAUA